AUGGUUCGAUUAGGAGAAUACAACCUUAGCGCAUCGCACAAUGAUGUUGUUCAACAUAUUAAAAUUAUUCGAUCGGAACGUCAUGCUAUGAAUGAUAUUGCAAUUUUAUUUCUUGAACGAGAUGUGGGAAUUUCUCCACAUAUACGUCCCGUUUGUUUGCCGAUAAGUGAACCAAUCCGAAGUCGUUCAUUUGUAGAGUACAAUCCAUUUAUCUUUGGAUGGGAUCUUUUGCGAAAGGAUCGAAAAUUUUCAAACAUUCCAUUCGAACAACAAAUUACUGUUUUGGACAAUAAAUCGUGCAAAGAACGAUAUCAACAACUAGGAAAAUUGGUAUCAGCAAAUCAAUUCGAUCAAAGUGUGGUUUGUGCAGGGCAUUUGGAUAAAUUUGAUGGUUGCAUAAGUGAAUUUGGCAGUCCGAUGCUUCAACCGAUCCGCAAUGGUGAACUUGAUUUCCGUUAUUAUCAAACGGGCAUUGCCGCGUAUGGAAUUGAGUGUGAAAGAACCGACGGGCCUGCUGUUUUUACCAGUGUUCAGUAUCAUAUAGAUUGGAUUCAAGAGAAAAUAAAUUCAUAG